CAAAUACGUGAUGCGGUAAUUCACCAAAUGGACAAAUAUUAUCCAAAUGAGAAGAGACGUCCAGCAAUUUUACCCAUUGAAUGGCGUUCAACUCUUCAAUUAGACAAUGGGAUGACAGACGUUGUAACUCUUCCAAAAAUGGUUUGGGCAAGAAGUACACUUAAUUCUGUUUGUAUGGAUUUAAUGUAUUAUCACUCCCCUCUUUAUCGUUCUGAAAUUGUAAAUGGAGUCAUCAAAUGUUUGAAUAAUGUUUAUACUUCAUUUUUGGAAAAUAAUCCUGAUUUUUCUGGCCCUGUUUCUGUUAUUGGACAUUCCCUCGGAUCAGUAAUUGCCUAUGAUAUUUUAACCAAUUGGAGCCCUUUCCUUCUUUAUGAUCAAUUUGUAACCAAUGCAAUUGCCGAAAAUCUUCAACGAAAUUUCCCAGCGGAACAAAAGCAAUUAUUAGAACAAUUUUAUGAUAGCCGGAAAAAAAUGCUUGAUUUGGGUGAUUUAAUGGAACAAAUUUUGGUAAAAUAUCUUUUCUGUCUUGGUUCUCCUCUAGCUGUUUUUACAAUAAUGAGAGGAGCAGAUUAUCGCAGUAUUGUGCCGGAUAAAGAUAAAAUUGAAAGAAUUUUUAAUAUUUUUCAUCCAUAUGACCCUGUUUCUUAUCGGUUGGAGCCGAUGUUUCAUGAGAAUUAUAAACACAUUAGGCCAAUUAAACUUUUCAAUUAUCGGGAUGCAGUAAAACCUUAUGAUAAUAAUUUUUAUGAUUGCCAUAAAAGUUAUUUGGAAGAAUGUAAAGAUAGAAAGAGAAGGGAAGUUAAAGCGAAUAAAGGAAAGGAAUCAAAAGAGAAGACUGGAAAAAGGUUUAUUUUUUUUAAUUUAUUUUAUUUUUUCGUUUUUAGUGAUAAUGGAUCUAAAAAUAGUGGUAAAUCCCAAAAAACUAAGAAAGAACGCCCAAAGUCAGUCGAUGGAGAUGACGAAGAUGAAUAUUUUAAAUAUGAAGUGGAUUCUGAUUCAGAUGCUGGCUGUCAAAGUAAUUCAACUCCGGCGACUGGUUCAUCUCCUCGAAGUAUAACUCCCCAUAAUAUUGAAAAUAAUACAAACGCGACACUUACUCCAGCUACUCCAACAAUUCAGGAAUUAAAAUUAUGUGAUCCUGACUCUUAUGCAAAAAUUAAUAAAGAUCAAACAGAAAUCGAUGAACAAGCACUUGAAGUUGGAAUUGAGCCUGGGGUUGAUGAUGAAGAAAAAUUUAAAGAACUAGUUAGUGAUGUUGAAAGUAAUCAACAAAAGAAUGUUGCCUCACAUGAUAUUUUGAAAACAAUGGGUGAAGCUGGUCGUUUAGUUGAAGAAAUUCCACCUGAAAGACGAAUUAAUCAAAGACUCGAUUUUCAGGUCCAACCUUGGACUUUAGAAAAAUCAUAUUGGUCAAUGCUUCGUUCACAUUUUUCUUAUUGGACAAAUCCGGAUGUUGCUGCCUUUUUGCUUAAUACACUUUAUCCUCCACAACCAGAAAAUUCUGAGAAUCCUUAA